UCCUAUGGUGCUUAGGAACAAGUGAGUUGAACGCUGUGCCCUUUACUGCACCCCCAAGUCACCAGCCCAUGUGGAAUAGCACCAAGAAAACAUCCAUCUUUGUCGUUUAGUAUAAAUCGAGUUAUUUUCAGCUGCAAGGUUAUUCAGAAUUGAUUCUCAUGUCAGCAGGCAGCUCAACUGUCACAGUUCGUCUUGUCCGCUCUUUUGAGCACCGCAAUUUCAGACCUGUGGUGUACCAUGGAGUUCCCCUGGAUCAGACAGUGAAGGAGUUCAUGGCUUUUGUGCAGAAGGAUGUGUCUUCAAGAACAGGACUUCCUCCUCCUUUUAAAAAUUACAAGUAUGAUACAAUGAAGAUUAUUCACCAAGCACACAAAUCUAAGACUGGUGAGCUUGUAGUGAGUUUGGAAGAUGAUGACAAACUGAUUUUGAAGGAAGACAGCACACUGAAAGCAGCUGGAGUAGCAAAUGAGACGGAAUUAGCAUUCUUCUGUGAGGAAGAUUACAGAAACUACAGAGCUAAUCCUGUUUCGGCCUGGUGAAGAUCCCAAGAGAUUGUUUUGUUUUCCCAUACCUGUUGUAAAUUUUCCUUAUUCUGCUUAAUGAGAUUUUUCUUAAAGAUCAAUAAAUCCUAGCGGAUUUCUUUGCAAACAGUGCAAUUCCCUUCCUGUAGAAAUUAGUUUCUGUCAAUAUGCUAAGGCUGAGAGAAGAAAAACUGGGGGACAUAAAUUACUUUUUUCUUCCUCCCUUUUUGCUGUGCUUGGCUCUUGAGCCUCAGGCAGUGCCAUCCCUGACCCAUGACACACGUUCUUGGUGUGAUCCAACAACAGACAGUAACUGUGUAUGGAAGUUA